AUGGCCCUCCGAAAAGGUCCCCUCGCCCAUUCUCAUCGCCGGUUGUCGCCCUUAGUACUCGACUUCCUCGCCCCAUCAACGCUACGACAAAGCUAUCGCCAGUACAACUCAGCAAGUGCCAAGCAGACAGCGACCGAAGGUUCAGCUUCACCACGUGAUCCAAAUUCUAGCUCUCCGAGACCAAAAUAUGUCCUCAACCAGCGCCAACGCGAAUUCAUGAAUAGCGCUCUCCGAGUCAACCAAGCCGGUGAGCUGGCUGCCACCCUGAUCUACACGGCCCAAACGCCACAAGUUGUGCGAUCUCAUCCCCAUCUGCGGCCCUUGAUGAAACAUAUGUACGACCAAGAGGCUGGCCACUUAUCUAUCUUCAACGAUCUCAUCGCGAAGCAUCACGUCCGGCCGACAGCAAUGUAUCCUAUUUGGCAAGCGGCGGCGACCUUUCUCGGCUGGUCGACUGGGGCUAUGGGACGGGAGGCAGCAAUGGCCUGCACAGAAGCAGUAGAAACGGAGAUCGGCACUCAUUACAACGAACAAGUGCGGGAGAUUCUGUCAUGGCAGGAGGAGGCUGAGAAGAGAGGGGAGGAAUUGGACGACGAGUUGAAGGAGAUGCUGGCCACCUUAAGGAGAAUUCGCGACGAAGAAUUGGAACAUUUGGAUCAUGCAGUUGAAAAUGAUGCCAAGGAGGCGCGACCAUAUGAUCCAUUGGUCAAUGUCAUCCGACUAGGGUGUCGAGCAGCGAUCAAGAUUAGCGAGAGGGUCUGA